AUGGGAGCAGGAGGUUCCGUGUCCAUGCCCAAGGAGAUGCCAAGCGAUGCGCAGAUUCAGGAAGCUGCCAAGGCGAUGCCUCCUGAAGCCAUCGACAUCAUGAAGAAGAUCAUUGCGGCCGCCGAGAAAUCGUCCGAGAAAUCGUCCGAGAAAUCGCCUGCGGAGAAGCCGGCGGAGGCCGGCAAGCUGACGCGGCCGGCCAUCAAGAAGAUCGGCAACUCCGACGCAGAAGGCGUCGAUAUGGAGCGCGCCAUUUUCAUGUGGGACGAGGAGAAAUCCAAGGAGUGCUUGAAGGAGAUCCUGGAGGGAGAGAUGCCGGAGGUCGUGAACGGAGCCAUGCUGGUCAUGGAAGAGGUGGUCUGGCCGGAUCCGAGGGACGCCAAGAACUGGCCCGAGUUCUUGCGUCAGGUGGCGGGGAAGUUUUUGGACGACCAGGUUAAUGCUGAUGAGCCCUUCGUGCCCCCGGAGAACGCCCGGGAGCACUGCCUCUAUCUGAUGAACCCAACGCAGGCGGACGCCUACCUGGAGAAGUUGGGGCUGAAGAAGGUGGGAAAGACCGGCAAACAGUUGAUGCAAGACGAUGAACGCAACGAAGCCUUGGGCAUGGAUGAUGGUGACAAGGUCUAUGAAUCCUUCCCUGACACCGCAGUGCUCUUCAUAAAGGACUUGGUGAAAAAAGCGGCAUACCCUGCUACUUUCCUAGCUUUGCCGUGUUGUCAUUCACGGUGGAGUUGGGACAUGGCAGACAUGGUGAUCCAAAAGGUGUGGAUGCAACACGCCGCGGCGUCCAGGGAAUCAGACAUCACGUUACGGAAAUGGAGUGUGGGAGUCAGGACCUUGCUACAGUUGCAGGGGGGUCACGGGAGCUAUUGGCUUUGCUUCUCAGCUUUGGCCAGCGUGCUUCUGGUGAUGACUGCGCUGUACGCCGUGUUCAUGGCACCGCGGGACGAUCCUGUGACCAUCACCUGGCGUAAAGCGCAUGGAGGUGCUGAAGAACAGGGCUGCCAUGUGGCUGAUUACGUUGGCUUCUACUUGCUUCUCACCGCCUCGUCGGUGGCAGGUUGUGCAGCCUGUUUGAUGCUGAUGAACUCCUGCGGCUCAGCCCACAUCCUUUCAGCUGCAGGCUACGCAUUGCUGAACUGGUUGCAGGGUUUGAUUGCAGCCAUCCUGCCCGCGCACGAGCGCGCCAAAGCCGGAUGUGCCUACGGGAUGAUGCAGAAAACCUUUGCACCGCUGGAGCUAAGCACCUACGACAAGGCGGACUAUUACAAAGAGUUUCUGGGCCUUGACAGGGCUGUGGGGUACUACGGGGUGAUCAUCGUCCGCACCCUGCUCUUCUUGGCGGGUCUCAUCUGGAUGCAGCACCUCAUGGUGCGACGGCUGAUCGCGGUGGAAACCACCUCACGGCGGCGCCUGGCCGGGAGGUGUUUGUCCACCAGCAUCAACAUUCAGAAAGUGGGCGCCAUCGUGGCAUGUGGCGUGAGCAUGUGGACCGCGGGUGGAGUCGGAUGGAUGAUUUAUACGGCGAUUGGCGACAUUGAGCCACCGGAGGCGGCUAUAGAGGAAGCGAGUCUGCAUUUGUUGGGCCACCUGUCCUUCUGGGAGCAAUGCUCCAAGAUCUCCGAGUGUGCUUACGUGGUGGGUUUGCUGCUGCUGCAGCUGGUGCUAGGCGGACUGAACUUUUUGCUCUUCGUGGGCACGGUGGUCACGGUUCUGGUGGUGAUGUGGAUCAUCCUCUGGGACCUCCGUAAGGCCUUAGUGAUCACCAAAGAGUUUGCUCCGACACACCCGCGCACAAGGCGGGCCGCGCAGCAGCUGAAACGUGCGCGCACGGUGGUGCGACGGCAGCUGGCGGGGGUGGCCAUGAACGGCUUGGCCAGUGACGUGGUGGAUGGUUGCGGUUUGCUUCCCCUGGCGGUGAAGACCAUUUUGGACGGCCGUGGCUACAUCAGCGAGAGCGAUCUGAUGACGAGCGCCGCGAUGCAGAUCCUGGACAUCUUGAGCUGCGUCUCGGCCGCGCUGAUCUUGUCGGGCGGCUACAGGCGGUCCCUGAACCAGCACCUCGUGGGGCCGAAGGGUGAAUCGGAGCAUUUGGACCCGCCAGACAUUACGAGCGUCUUCAACAAAUCCGACGCCUGGAGCUCCAAAGUCAGUGAGUUGGCGGGUCGUGGUGUCACGGUGAGGGAGCUGCUGACUUUUUACCGCGAGUUGAAGGUGGUCAUGCCGCACUUCCGCGCAUCGGUUCACACCACGCACGACGUCGUUCGUCAUGCCAUCAUACCGCUGACCAAGCACAAGAGGAGCUCCUACGUUCAGGCCUUCGGCGAUCAGAGUUGCCGGCCCUCCAAGAUGGUCACGUACCGCGCUAAGGGGGAAAGUUUGGACAGCUUGGGCACCUGGGACUUGGACGUCCCGCUGGCCCGGCCCCGGGCCGGGCCCGGCCUCGGGAUGGAGGGCCGCGCGCGGGAGCGGCGGAGGGUGGGCGCCUUGCUGAAUGCGUACUACCACAUCGAGGGCACCGACAAGAAGGAUCCUGCUGCCCCCUCUGUGGGCAGCAGCGAUCUGGAUCGGCAGGGCUUCGAUGCUAAGCGCUACUUCGAUGGCAUGGUCUCCUCGGGUCAGCUACCAGAGUUGGUGAAGCGCGCCAACGAGCUGGACGCGGAGAUCAAGGACUUGGACGGCGACAUGCAGAUGCUCGUGUAUGAGAAUUACAGCAAGUUCAUCCGAGCAACUGAUGUCAUCAAACAGAUGAAGUUCACCAUCGAAGGCCUUGAUCCAGACCUGAAGGUCUUGGAGGGCAACGUCACCAGGAUCACAGACAGCCAAAAGAAGGUGGAAGAUGGGGUGUCUGGCCGCUCUGGGCAGAUUGAAGGCCUGCUAAAACAGCAGCGCAUCUGCCGCAAGCUGCAGGUCCUGUUUGAGCUGCCCAGCACCUUGCAGAAGUGCUUGGAUCGCAAGGCAUACGGAGAGGCCGUGGAAGCAUACUGUUGUUGCUCCGGCUUUCUCCGACAGUACAGGCAUAUGCCGACCUUUCAGAAGGUGUUGGAGGAGGUAGAGCUGCAGAUGGGCCGCAUCCGCGUGGCCCUGGAGGAGCGGCUGCGGUCUCCAGAGCUGUUGGUGGAUGAGGCGGUGAACAGCUCGGUAACACUGCUGGACCUGGGGGAGGACCAGGUGAAGGUGGUCGGCGAAUACCUCACCGGCAGGACGGCCACCCUACGGCGGAGCUUGAGCGAAUGCUUCGCACCUGGGGCCGCAGGCUCUGCGCCUGCACCUGUCGAAGAUGGUGCUGAAUUGACCAAAGACCAGGAAGAGUUGCGCAGACCGGAGUCGGUAGCCCUGCAUGGGGCCUGUGCCAAAGUCACGGAGGCCUAUGUGCCGCCUUUGUGCGAUGCAGUUGAAGGCUUCCAGAAACUCAUCGAGGUGAGAAACGCCUCGGGUACGGCAGUUGAUGAGAACGUCCUGCCGGAUUUCGUGAGUGCGCGGAUCGAAGACUUGUGCGAUCGCAUCACCCAGCUGGUGGACCAAAAGUGUCCGCCCAGCCGCGUGUUGGUCUCCUGCAUCCACUCAGUGCGCGACUCGUUGAGGCGGCUGCACUCGCUGCUGCCGGCCCUGCUGACGCGCCUCUUCCGCGCCUUCCUGGGGCGGACGGCCAUGGAUGCCAUGCGAUCGCUCUUCGGCACGGCCUGCAGCCAGAUGACCUCCGAGCUCUGCAAAUUGCACGGCGAGUGCAAGAAACUGGGCGAGUCCAGCAGCAGCGGCUUGGACGAUGUCUUGGAGGAGAUCGCGAAGACCGAGCAGGCGCUGAUCAUGCAUGGUUUUACAGCCCUUACCGAGUGCCAGCCCCUGCAAAGCCUACUGGGGCCUGACAAGGUGGCGAAUCAACAGCUUCUUCGAGGGCUCCAUGCGCAGCUUUCUGCCUUCUUCAGUAGCUUCGUGGAGUUGUGCCGUGGCUAUGCUGGAGAAACAGAGCCCAGCAAGGACGUGGCGGAGCUGGACUGGUGCGGUGUCUUUGCCCUGGCCCUGGUGCGAGUGGGUCGACACCUGGAGGUAAAGGCCAUCAACAAGGUCUGGGGCGUGGCCAAGGACCUCUUCGAGGGCGACAGCGGCACGUCAGAGCUGCAGCCCAAUGCCACGGUUCUCAAAGCUACACGACACGCCUCGCAGCUGGUGAUCACUCACUACGCGACCAUGUCCGGGCAGCGCCUGGCGCAUUUUCUGCGGAACUCCGUGCAAAGCCGGAACUGGAUGACCGUCCGCGAAGCGCAGGAACCGCGCAAGGUGGUGGAGAUGGUCUUGCGGGAGGUUCGCGCCUUUGAUUCGCAACUCGCAAAGUUGCUGGGGGACCCACGGAAGCCCAAGACAGGUGGUGACCGAAGGAAUGCCAACCGCUUCAAGAACUCCAUGGAGUUGGAGGUUGAACGGCUCUGGGCCAAGAAGCUUCAGGUUUCCUGUGGGGUACAUGCACCACUUCAUGCUGCCAGCUGCUCAGUGUCGAAUUUCCUCCCGUCCAUCGCGUUGUGCGUCGCCUGCGAUGACGCAGCAAUUGGGGCGCAGUACAGAGGAACUAGUUCCACACACAUGCUGGGCGCUGCUCCCGGCCUGAAGCGAUGUCGCUGUCGCUUUCCGCUCUACGCGCAGGUUAUGGCAGGAAUGGUGCUUGGCAUCUUGCUAGGAUGGCUGGCACCAGAGGUGGCAGCGAAUCCAUGGAUCGAGGCCUUGGGAAAACUAUUUGUAAAGAUGGUGAAGAUGAUCAUCGCACCCAUCAUCUUCUGCACCGUUGUCUCGGGCAUCGCGCAUGUGGCCGAUGCGGCGAAAGUGGGCCGCGUCGCACUGAAGGCCAUUGUUUACUUCGAGGUGAUUUCAACCUUGGCCCUGAUGAUCGGGCUGCUGGUGGCAGAAGUGGUGCAACCAGGACGAGGUUUGCAUGCGGAACCAGAUGAAGCAGCAGUGAAAAAGUACGAGGAAGAAGCAGAGCAGCAUUCCACGCUGGACUUUGUCAUGGGAAUUGUCCCCAACACCGUGGUCAGCGCCUUCGUAGAUGGUGAGAUCCUUCAAGUGCUCUUCUUCUCCGUGAUCUUCGGAUUCGCACUGCUGGGAGCGGAGAAGGUGGAAGUGCUGCAUAGCUUGAUCGACCAAGUGGCCCAUGGGAUGUUUGGCGUGGUGAAGAUCAUCAUGAAGUUCGCCCCCUUUGGUGCCUUUGGCGCCAUGGCUCACACCGUGGGGAAGUACGGCAUUGGCACUUUAGGGAGUUUACUUGGCUUGGUGGCCACCAAUUACGUCACCUCCCUCUUCUUCGUGAUUGGCGUCCUGGGUCUAGUUUGCCUCUGUGUGGGCUUCAACAUCUUCCGUUUCCUCUACUACCUCAAGCGCGAGUUGCUGCUAGUUCUGGCCACCUCUUCCUCCGAAAGCGCCCUUCCUUCGCUGCUGGAGCGCUUGCAGGAAGCAGGGCUCUCGAAGCCAGUGGUGGGUUUAGUGGUUCCCCUGGGCUAUUCCUUCAACCUGGACGGCACGAACAUCUACAUGACGCUGACGCCCCUCUUCAUCAGCCAAUGCAUGGGCGUUGACCUUUCCUGGGGCGACAAGAUCAAGGUGCUGGCCGUGGCCAUGUUAACCUCCAAGGGCGCCGCGGGGGUCAGCGGCGCCGGCUUCAUCACCUUGGCCGCCACCUUGGGCUCCAUCCAUCCGGAACUCGUCCCUGGAAUGGCCAUCGUUCUGGGCAUUGAUAAGUUCAUGUCCGAGUGCCGAUCCCUGACCAACAUUUGUGGCAAUGCCGUAGCAGCUGUGGUCAUUGCCCACAUGGAAGGGGAACUGGACAUCAAGGAGUUCAAGGCAGCACUGCAUGGAAGGAAGGAACAUGAAAGUGAUAUUGAGGAUGGUGGGAAGGCCAACGAGAGCAGCUGGGACAUGCUGGGACUAGGAUGCCACCCAAAAUGGGAGGAUCGGGCUAGAUUCCGCAAGGAAGGUGCUGACUGGGCCAAGCCAAUUGAUGACCUUUCUGAAGCGGGGGCUGCCAUUUUUCGAGAAACGUCCAACAGCAGUUGUGUUCUAUUCCUUUUGAUGCCGCUGCGCCUUGCGGUGGUCUAUGCGGUGAUUCCCUUCAACCGCAACGGGGCCAUCUUGGGCAUCCUGCGGAUCGCCUUUAAGGCCUUCUUCGAAUAUGUGCGAGAAGAGACCUUUGGGAAGUUCGGGCUGCAGCAAAUCCAGGUGGACUGUGCCUUCAUUGGGGAAAUGGUUCGUGAUUUCCUGGAGACGGAAGAUGCCAGUGUUCUGGACAGUCUCUUGGACGAAGUCGUGGCUUCGGCCCAGAUGCGUUGUGUGGAGCCGGUGCUGAUGGAUCCGGCCAUGGUGGAAGCAAGAUGCGAGGAAAAGAAAAAGACCUUCAGGUUCGACUGA